GCAUGCAGCUGGAGCAGACAAGAUGGCUUCCGGGAUUUGGCGGCACUUUUGUGUCUCCCUGCAGCCGGAGCUCUAGGUCUCACUUUCCCUGCUGUGUCCUCUCCUCCUAGAGGCCCAGCCUCUGUGGCCUUGCGACCUGAAUAAAUUGGGAGAUCUGCAGCUAACACGCCGGGACCCUCUGGAAGCCUUAGAAAUGGGACUGUUGACAUUUAGGGAUGUGGCCAUAGAAUUUUCUCUGGAAGAGUGGCAAUGCCUGGAUACUGCACAGCGGAAUUUAUAUAAAAAUGUGAUUUUAGAAAACUACAGAAACCUUGUCUUCCUGGGUAUUGCUGUCUCUAAACCAGACCUGAUCGCCUGUCUGGAGCAAGAAAAGGAUCCUUUGAUUAUGAAGAGAGAUGAGAUGGCAGAUGAACCCCCAGUAAUGUGUUCUCAUUUUGCCCAAGAGUUUUGGCCAGAGCAGAACAUAAAAGAUUCUUCUCAAAGCAUGACACUGAGAAGAUAUGAAAAAUGUGGAAAUGAGAAUUUUCAAUUAAACGGCUGCAAAAUUGUGGUUGAGUGUAAGGUCCACAAAGGAGGUUUUAAUGGACUUAACCAAUGUUUACCAACUACCCAGAGCAAGAUGUUUCCGUGUGAUAAAUAUGUGCGAGUCUUUCAUAAAUUUCCACAUUCAGAUAGACAUAAGAUCAAACAUAUGGAAAAUAAACAUUUCAACUGUGAAGAAUGUGACAAAUCAUUUUGCAUGCUUUCACGCCUAACUCAAUGUAAAAGAAUUUAUACUAGAGUGAAUUUUGGCAAAUGUGAAGAAUGUGAAAAAGGUUUUAACCAAUCUUCAAAGCUUACUACACAGAAGAGAAUUUAUACUUGUGAGAAACUCUACAAAUGUCAAGAAUGUGACAAAGCUUUUAACCAAUUCUCAAGCCUUACUACAUAUAAAAAAAAUUAUACUCAAGAAAAAUCAUACAAAUGUGAAGAAUGUGGCAAAGCCUUUAAGCGGUCCUCACACCUUACUACACAUAAGAGAAUUCAUACAGGAGAGAAACCCUACAAAUGUGAAGAAUGUGGCAAAGCCUUUAGGUGGUCCUCACACCUUACUACACAUAAGAGAAUUCAUACAGGAGAGAAACCCUACAAAUGUGAAGAAUGUGGCAAACCUUUUACCCGAUCCUCAACUCUUACUGCACAUAAGAGAGUUCAUACAGGAGAGAAACCCUACAGAUGUGAAGAAUGUGGCAAACCUUUUACCCGAUCCUCAACUCUUACUGCACAUAAGAGAGUUCAUACCAUAGAGAAACCCUACAAAUGUGAAGAAUGUGGCAAAGCUUUUACCCAAUUCUCAAAUCUUACUGCUCAUAAAAGAAUUCAUACCAGAGAGCAACCCUACAUCUGUGAAGAAUGUGGCAAAGCUUUUACCCAAUCCUCAACUCUUACUGUACAUAAGAGAAUUCAUACUGGAGAGAAACCCUACAAAUGUGAAGAAUGUGGAAAAGCUUUUACCCGAUCCUCAAGUCUUACUGCACAUAAGAGAAUUCAUACCGGAGAGAAACCCUACAAAUGUAAAGAAUGUGGCAAAGCUUUUAAACUCUCCUUAACCCUUACUAUACAUAAACGAAUUCAUACUGGUGAGAAGCCCUACAAAUGUGAAGAAUGUGGAAAAGCUUUUUACCGAUCCUCAAAACUUUCUGAACUUAAGAAACUUCAUAUUGAAAAGAAACCCUGCAAAUGUGAAGAAUGUGGCAAAGCUUUUAACUGAUCCUCAGAACUUACUGAUUAUAAGAUAAUUCAUACCGGAGAGAAACCUUAUAAAUGGGAAAGAUGUGAGAAAGCUUUUAAUUAAUCUGCGAACCUUGCUAGAAAUAAAAAAAUUCAUAUUGGAGAGAAAAUCUACAAAACUAAUUGAUGUGACAAUGAUUUUGACAACAGCUUAAACUUUUCUAAAUAUAAAAAAAGUCAUACUGGUGUAACAUACUAGAAAUGUAAAGAAUGUGUCAAAGACUUUAAAUAGUUUUUCCACUUGAUUGUACGUAAGAUAAUUCAUACUGGAGAAAACUAAGUGUGAAGUAUUUGGCAAUACUGUUAAUGACCAAAUCUUAUUGCACAGUAAAGCAUUUAUACUUGAGAAAAAUUGUACAAAUACAAAGGAUAUGGAAUAGCCAUUAAUAUCUGCUCACAUCUUAAUAUCAGAAUGUUGGCACUUAAUAAAAGCAUAAUAAAUGCAAUUACUGUCAAAAAGGAAAAUAAAGCCUUUAAAGCUAAGUGUAUUCAUUUUGAAGACAAAUAUUACAAACAUAAAGAAGGUUUUAGUACAUUUUGUGUAUCACAGAUCUUAUCACCCACAUUUUGUACUAGAGAAAAACCCUGAAGCAGCUGCUCAAACUUUGUUCAACAUCAGGCAUUCUGUAUUGGAGAAAAAUUCUGCAAACGUAAUAAAUUUGGAAAAACCUACUUUUCAAAACCUAUAGCUUAGAAAACACAAGAGAGUUUAUACUAAAAUACGUUUUUGCAGGCCAGACAUGGUGGCUCACGCCUGUAGUCCCAGCACUUUGGGAGGCCGAGGCAGGUGGAUCACCUCAGGUCAAGAGUUCGAGACUAGCCUGGUCAACAUGGGGAAACCUCAUCCCUACAAAAAAUGCAAAAAUUACCCAGGCAUGGUGGCUGGUGCCUGUAAUGUAUUCCCAGCUACUCAGGAGGCUCAGGCAGGAGAAGCGCUUACACCUGGGAGCAGUGGGCCAAGAUUGUGCCAUUGCACUCCCACCUGGGUGACAAGAGUGAAAAUCUGUCUUUAAAAAAAAAAAAAUAUAUAUAUAUAUAUAUAUAUACAUAUACACACACACAUAUAUUUGCAGAUGCAGUAAAUAUAAAAUUUUAAUACAAAGUUUAUGUAAAUAUCAUAACUUACAGUUAAAAUAUCUAAGGCACUGACUGAGACGUUACAGUAAAUCAGAGUUGUGAGUAUAAAAAAUAAUCGAGAGCUAAAGUUGUUAGAUAAAUCAUUUGUAUAUGACUGUAAAAGACGCAAAAAUUUUUUGAAAAGUUAUAAUUACAUUCAAAGUACACUUUUAGCAUGAUGGCUCACACCUGCAGUCCCAGCACUUUGGGAGGCUGAGGCAGGCAGAUCACCUGAGGUGAGGAGUUCAAGACCGGACUAAUCAAAAUGGAGAAACCCCAUCUCUACUGAAAAUACAAAAUUAGCUGCGCGUGGUGGCACACACCUGUAAGCCAGCUACUAGUGAGGCUGAGGCAGGAGAAUCGCUUCAGUUCAGGAGGUGGAGAUUGUGGUAAUCUGAGAUCAUGGCAUUGCACUCCAGAAUGGGCAACAAGAGCAAAACUUCAUCUAAAAAAAAAUUGUAUAUAUAUAUAUACCUUUAAAAAAACAGAUUUGUAACACGAAUAAUGUCAUAAUUUCAACUGUCAAGUUACUUCAUGCUCUUCAUUCCUAUUGUAUGAGACUUUAAAAUUAGGAAGGCAUUCGUUAUGAUCUUUUCUAUGGAAGGGUAAGGGCAUUAAAAUGUAAGACAAAUUAUAAACAUCUAAGUUGAGAGGCUCUUUUUAACAUAGGUGGUGCCUGAGGUAGGUGUUCAGAAUAAUAUUCUGCAUUAUAGUCAGAAGCAUUUUAUUUUCAUUUGUUUUUUUGAGAUGAAGUCUAUCUCUGUCAUCCAGAUUUGAGUGUAGUGAUGCAAUCUUUGCUCACUGCAACCUCCAUCUACCUCCCAGGGUUCAAAGUAUUCUCUAGCCUCAGCCUCCUGAGUAGCUGGGAUUACCGAUGUGUGCCACUACGCCCAGCUAAUUUUUGUAUUUUUAGUAAAGUCGGUGUUUCACCACGUUGGUCAGGCUGGUCUCCAACUCCUGACCUCGUGAUCUACCAGCCUCGGCCUCCCAAAGUGCUGGGACUACAGAUGUGAGCCACCGUGCCUGGCCAAAAAAAGCAUUUUAAAUUUUAGUUGAAAUUAGUAGUAUAUCAUUUUACUAGUUGUACUGUUAUGUAAUAAAAUGUAUAUUCUUAAAAUUUUAAGGCUGGGCGCGGUGGCUCACGCCUAUAAUCCCAGCAGUUUGGGAGCUGAGGCGGGAGGAUCACAAGGUCAAGAGAUCGAGACCAUCCUGGUCAACAAGGUGAAACCCCGUCUCUUCUAAAAACACAAAAAAAUUAGCUGGGCGUGGUGGUGCGGACCUGUAGUCUUAGCUACUCAAGAGGCUGAGGCAGGAGAAUUGCUUGAACCCAGAAGGCAAAGGUUGCGGUGAGCCGAAAUCGUGCGAUUGCACUCCAGCCUGGGUAACAAAAGCGAAACUCCGUCUCAAAAAAAAAAAAAAAAAAAAUUUAAAUUAUGUGUUAACUUAAUUUUUUAAAACUUUAUUUAACAAUGUUUAGAGAAUUGUGCAUUUAAUAAAGUGUUACUAUUCCACCACCUAUUUUACCUUACUCAAGGGUAUAGGCAAAAGAUGGUAACAAUAUACUAUUUGGUAACAUCAUGAACAAAUGUUUCUAGUAAUUCCUUUUGCCAGUGACUUGAAAGUCCAAGGAGUUAAAGAAUAUUGUUCCCAUAGGUUAAAUAUUUGUUUUUUCAUACUUAAAUUUAUACUUUCUAAUUUUUGUGGAUACAUUUCGGUGUAUAUAUUUAUGCCAUUUAUAGCAUAUUUUGAUACAGGUGUAUAAUAUGUAAUAAUUACAUCAGGAAAAAUGAAGUAUUCAUCAUCUCCAGCAUUAAUCCUUUGUAUUACAAACCAAUUCUACUGUUUAAGUUUUUUUAAAUGAACAGUUGUUGUUGACUACAGGUCUAUUUUUAUGAUUAUAGUAAAAAUUAUAUAGAAGUAUAAAGUUCACUCGUUCUGAGUCCUGAAUAAACAUUUAAAAAUUGUUAUAUAGUUUUGAA